AUGCGUGAUAAUGAAGACAGUGUAGAAUAUCUGAAGCAUGAAUAUGACAAGAUCUUAUGGGGAAAAUCGACGUCUGCAGCGGAAAUCACUCUAAAAUCUACCUUGAAUAAUCUUUUAGAUUUUGAUUCUAUUGUUGAUCAGGAUUAUAUUUCUAACUUUGAAUCCCUAGAUGACGACUUGAAUGAUACUGUAGAAAAACUGUUUGAGUUUGUGAAAGAGGCUAAAAAUCUAAAUUCUGAAGGAAGAUUUCAUCAACAAGAACCUAAUAAGGAAAUUCUAGCACAAAUAUCAUUGUUAAAGUCAGAAUUGGAAGGUUCUAGAUCACAAAAUGCAGAAUUGCAAAAACAAGAAUCUGAUUUCAGUGAGAAAAUGGAAAAAAUGUCAUCUGAGAAUUCUUAUUUGAAAGAAUGUAUUCAAAAGUUAGAAUGUGAUUUAGAAAUAAAAGAUAAAGAAUAUAAUACAUUAGAAGAAAGGAAUAAAGCUUCCAAUGAUGAGAUUAGCAAUUUUGGCUGUGAAAGAGAAAAUAUGAUUCUUCAAAAUGAAGAGCUGAGUGAAAAACUGCAUUCUUUGGAAAAUAAUCACAAGGAAUUGAUGGCUAAACACUUUGCUCUUCAAUCUGAACUCGAUGAAUAUAAGGAACAGUAUGAGAUGCAAAUAUCUGUAAUAAAUGCCAAGCAUAAAGAAACAGAACAACAACUGCUGAGUUCUAAAGAAAAAUUCCAAACCAAGCUAAAUGAAGUUUUAGAGGAAAACCAAAACCUUACAAAAGAAAUGGAAAAUGUGAAGAAACAAGCAGCUGAUUUACAUGUGAAAGUAGUAAAAUCUGAAACAGAAAAGAUUGACUUGCAGCAAGAACUUGAUCAAGUUAUGUCAGAAAAUACAAAAUCAAAUGAUAUGCGAAUAACAUUGCAGUCUGUGAUAGAUUCUCUACAAGUUGACAAAGACCACUUGAUUGAAGAGAAGAAACUCUUGCAGUUAGCGGAGCAAGAUUUCAAGGACAGUUUACUAGAGAAAGAAGAGACUAUUGAAAAUUUGAGAAAAGAAUUUGCAGAAAGCCAAGAAUCAAUUUCUUCUGAGCUGAAUUUAGUGAAAGAAGAAUUGUCUGCAGCCCAUUUCCAGUUGAGUGCCCAGCAACUUCAGCAUCAAAAGUCUGUGGAGACUAUGAGUAACAAAGAACGGGAACUACAAGACAGCAAUAAAACAGUGAAAGAGAAAGAAGAUAUUCUCAGACACUUACAAGAAGAAAAAGAACAAUUGGAAAUCACAAUGAAGAAUCAGGUGGCAUGUUUACAUGAAAUGUUGGAGAAAACACAAGCUGAACUGAAAACUUCAGAAGAAGAAUACGGCAAACUCCAGGACAAAUAUGAAAUGACAAGCCAAUGUUAUGAAGAAAAAACCAAGGCAGAACACAUUCAAAAUGUAAACUUGAUAAAACAGAAAGAUCAAGAGAUAAUUAUCUUACAGAUGGACUUGAAGGAUUUAAGGAAGAGAGUCAUCAAGUUAACACGAGAGAAAGAUCAUCUGUGGAAGCAGACUGAUAAACUUGCUUACCAUCGGAGAUUAGAAGCAAAUAAUAAGUGGAUGGACAAUAAUGAAGUUAACAACUGUCUAGGCUGUAAUGCUGUAUUUUCAUUUACUCUACGAAAACACCAUUGUCGGCUCUGUGGAGGAAUUUACUGCCACAACUGUACUAGUCGCCAAAUAAUGACAGCUCACAGCAGUAAGAAAAUGAGAGCUUGCGAGAAAUGUUACCAACUCCAGAAGGAGCAGUCUGAAGAUAGUGCCAAUCCUAUUCUCUAUGUUGAGAGUGAAGAAGAAGACAAAGAACUGUCUGAGAGUUCCUCCUAUCGACGCAGUACAAAAUGGAGUGAAUCAGCCAGUGAUGUUUCGGAUAUGCUUGAUCAUACUGAUGACAUGGAUAGUUUGCAAGACCAAAAUUCUGAAAUUGGCCAGUCUUCAUUAUCGUUUGCUUCUGGUGGUGUAACAAAGAAUGGUUCUAGUGAUAAUUCUGUUGAAGAAAAGAUACCAGAGGAUGAAACAGAUGCAGCAGAAAAGACCCCUGUUGCUGCAGAAAAUGAUGCUGCAGAAUCUUGUGACAAAGUUGUUGAUGCAGACACAUCUAACAUCUGGGAGAAUUCUUCUGAUUUUGCUGUAAUCAGUGAAGAUGAAAUUGCCAAAAUGAGAUCAAAGUCUACAGAGAAUGAAGACAAUGAAAAUCUGAAAUUACCAACUGGUAUCUCAGUAUCUUUGGAAGAACUUGAGCGAGGAGAGAUAAAUUCAGAAAGGAUUAUUUGGAUACGGUAUGGCUGUUCCUAUAUUGUGUCUGUCUGUGUAAACAAACUUGGUCUGGAUAUCUGCUGGGAAUUCACGUCAUAUCCCAAGGAUAUUGCAUUUGGUGUUAUAUUUAAUUCUCAAAAUCCCUGUCCCAAUGACGGCAAUGAAAAAAUAUUGAUACCAGUCCAGAAAUGCCAGUCUCAUCAUCAAACUAUUAAAGGUCAAUUGACACCUCGUGAUUUGGGAAUUUAUCAAAUUAUAUUCGAUAAUGCUUAUUCCAGAUUGACUUCAAAGAAAGUAACCUAUUCACUCCAUGUUCGUAAAAUUGGGGAGACCUCGUGACAAUGAAGAUGAUUCUUGUCAAUUUUCAAAGUAUGAUAUAUUCUUGACUGCUGCAUUACAUUCACAUUGUUGUGUAAAUAUCGCUGAUUAACUUUCAUGAAAUUUGAGUGCAUUCAUUUUCUUUUUUUUUUUUUUAACUGGUAUUAAUGCACAUUUUUACCAAAUUCUUCCUUCUGAUGGUGAUUUGUGUACUGUUCUAAGACAUAAUUCAGUGUUUCUGAACUUCUUUAUGGAAUUAUUCAUUUUCACUUUUUCGCAUACAAGAUGAGGAUUUUAUUGUUCACUAUCACUGUAUUAUCAUUUUCCUGUUGUUUACUAAAGAUAAUGAAAUGUAAAGGAAAUUUAUCAUGGAAAUUAAAUUACUUAAAGAUUUUUAUAUUAAUCAAGAUUAUUUUAAGAUUUGUUAAUGAACAGUAUUGACAGAAAAAUAACUUCCUGCUGAAUGACAUUGCUUGAAGGUUUUUCUACAGACAAAUUACAGAUUCCAGAUUUGUUGAUAAAUAACAAAGGAAAAUGAUAUUUAAAAGAGUUGAAAUGUGUUUGUGAGCAAUAUUUAUAUCCUUUGAUCUUGUUACUAAACAAAACUAACUUAAGAAUUGUUUGACAUCAUCUUUGAAUGUUUUGUCAAUGAACCAAAUCAGCCAAAACCAUUAUCUUCAGAUUUGUUGCUAUAUAACACUAACCAGAAAUUUCUGGUGAAAGAUAUUAAAUUCAUUGAAAUUCA